ACAAAUGAACUCUCUCAAUUCAGCAAAGAAAAUAUUCAUGACAGGUCCAGCAGGGAUCAAGAGAAGUGUCAAACGUUUUUGAAUUAAUAAAGUACUGAAUGUAUAUGAAAAGUGGUUUAUUCCUCCUCAAUCAAUUUCCUUGAGAGAUCUCAAAAUUAAAGAAUUUGAAGAUCGAAAAUAAGUUGCUCCAUCCUUAUACAAGAGAUAACUUUAUUGCGCAGAAUUCAGAAGAUGAUAAGAUCAUGAAACUACAACAUAAAGUAAGAAUGAGCAAUAUGCACUCUUUCACUUUGACUUAUGAUCGACACUCACAUGGAUAUCCUAGCACAACUACUGAAUUUCCUUCUGAAUACGAGAAUUUCUUGGAAGUCGAAGACUUAUUGCAAGAUCCAGACUGGCUUGAAAAACUUAAGCCAAAAAGAGCUAAUUUUAAGAAAACAUUUCUAAUAAUUUCUCUUUUUGUUGGAUUUAUCUGGUAUCAAAGAGAACAAGUUAGAGCAUUUGAUGCUGACUUCAGAAAGAUGCAGAGGUCAAUGCAAAAUACAGAAAUUAUAGAAUUUACAAAGAAAAAGGUUGCAUACUCAUUAUACGACCGUAAUAACAAUGAAAUAACUUCUAUGGGCGAUAAUUACACUAUUCUCUGGUAUGAUGCACGUAUGAAAAACUACAUUGAUCUUGUCCAACAGCUCCCAAAGAAGAGAAUUGCAACUAAAAGAAUUAAAGCAGUGCUUAUAGUUGAGAAACUAGAACAUAUGUCUAAAGUAUAUUCUAUUGAGACUGAAGCUAAGGAUAGAAGCUUCAAAAGAAACCCAAGAGUUUUUAAUGAAAAAGUAGUCGAGGAGAAAACUAAAUAUCUCAAGGCCAUGAAAAAGGCAUUACCUAUUGAAGUUCUUAGAAUCCCUGGAGAAGUAGAUAUUAAGAAGAAGGAAGAGCUAUCUCAAGAUGGAUUGAAUAACGACCAGAGGGAAGUAGCAAAUAAACUCAAAGAAAGUUUUGGGCUUGCUGAGAGAUCAGAAGAGGAAGAAGUUGAGCUUGAUUUGACUAAAAAUACUUAUUAUGUCCUUGAUGAAAACAACAUUAUCAUUGACUGUGCCAAUAUCUACUCCUUCAAGCAUGAAAACUUAAUCCAUCAAAGAAUUGUAUCAAAGAUCAACAAGGAUCUCGAAGACAAAAGAAAGCUGAGCUAGAAGUGACUUA